CUAAAUAUUCUAUAAGCUCUGAGAUUUAAACAAUGGAGAGUUGUCUUGUCUUGAGCCUUUACUGUGAUCAAGAUUUAAACUUAAAACCCUGAGAACUAAAAAAAGAGCUCUUCAGGUGGAACUCUGUAGAGUUGACCUCUGAUGUCAAAUGAAUAAAUUCACUCAUUGUUGUUUUUUUCUUUUUUCUCCUGGUGCAGAGACGGAGCCUAAAGAUGCGGGCACUGAAAAAUCCUCUGGAGUUGUUCGACUCAACACCAUCAGACAAAUCAUCGAACAGGACCUCCACGCUCUCCUGGAUGUGACCCCCAAAGCUGUGGACACCCUGAACUACACUCAGUGGUAUCCAAUCGUCAUCUUCCUUAACCCUGACAGCAAACAGGGAGUUAAAACCAUGAGGAACCGCAUUAUACCAGGAUCCAGUCGCAGCGCGCGCAAACUGUACGAACAGGCCGUCAAGUUGAAGAAAACCUGCUCACAUCUUUUCACCGCAACUAUCGACCUGAACUCUGCCAACGACAGCUGGUACGGCAGUGUGAAAGACAGCAUUCAGGAGCAGCAGGAACGAGCAGUGUGGGUCUGUGAGGGAAAACUGGACGGUUCAGAUGAGGACCUGGACCUCCACGAUGACCGCAUGUCCUACCUGUCGGCCAUGAGCGCAGACUACCUUAGCAUGGACAGCCGCCUGACCAGUGACUAUGACGACACAGCAGACGAGGGUGGGACUUACACCGACAAUGAGCUCGACGAGCCACUGGACGAACCUCAGCCGAAGUCGGCCAUCAGUCGGUCGUCAGAGCCAGUGCUGCCAGAUGAGGUCAGAUUACAGGUUAUUACAGACUGUCAGUCAUUUUGGUUUGUGCUGGUGUGUGGGCUGCAGUGA